AAGCACGGGAAACUCAUCACCUUCCUUCGGACAUUCAUGAAGUCGCGGCCAACAAAGCAGAAGCUGAAGCAGAGGGGGAUCCUGAAGGAAAGGGUGUUCGGCUGUGACCUGGGAGAGCAUCUGCUCAACUCUGGCCAUGACGUCCCCCAGGUCCUCAAGAGCUGCACUGAGUUCAUUGAGAAGCAUGGCAUUGUGGAUGGAAUCUACCGACUGUCCGGCAUCGCCUCCAACAUCCAGAAGCUCCGCCACGAAUUUGACUCCGAGCAGAUUCCCGACUUGACCAAGGACAUUUACAUCCAGGACAUCCACUGUGUGGGCUCCCUGUGCAAACUCUACUUCAGAGAGCUGCCCAACCCUCUGCUCACCUACCAACUCUACGAGAAGUUCUCAGAUGCUGUUUCUGCUGCUACAGAUGAAGAGAGGCUGGUGAAGAUCCAUGAUGUGAUCCAGCAGCUUCCCCCUCCCCACUACAGGACACUGGAGUUCCUAAUGAGACACUUAUCUCGCCUGGCUGAUUACUGCUCCAUCACAAAUAUGCACACUAAGAACUUAGCCAUCGUCUGGGCUCCAAACCUCCUCAGGUCGAAGCAGAUCGAGUCAGCCUGUUUCAGCGGCACUGCUGCCUUCAUGGAGGUGAGGAUCCAGUCUGUGGUGGUGGAGUUCAUCCUGAACCACGUGGAUGUCCUCUUCAGUUCCAAGCUCAGCUCAGUCAUACGAGAUGGAGCAGGGCACAGCUCUUUAUCCCGGCCCAAGUCUCUGCUGGUGUCCUCUCCCUCCACGAAGCUGCUCACGCUGGAGGAGGCACAGGCACGGACACAAGCCCAGAUCAACUCUCCCAUUGUGGCAGACAGCAAGUACAUAGAAGUGGGAGAAGGCCCAGCAGCUUUGCAGGGGAAAUUCCACACUGUCAUAGACUUCCCAUCUGAAAGAAAAAGGCCUCCCAGCAAGAUGAAGAAAUCCCCAGUUGGCAGCUGGCGUUCCUUCUUCAACCUGGGCAAAUCCUCCUCCGUGUCCAAGCGCAAACUGCAGCGCAACCCCAGCGAGCCCUCGGAAAUGAAAGCCAUAGCCCUGGCAGGUGGACGAGGAGACAGUGGGACUCUGCGCUCGGCGAAGAGUGAGGAGUCACUCACCUCUCUGCACGCUGUGGAUGGUGAAUCCAAACUGUUCCGGCCCAGGAGACCCAGGUCCAGCAGCGAUGCCCUCUCUGCCUCCUUCAACGGAGAACUCUUGGGCAACAUGAAUCGCUGCAAUUCCUACGACAACCUUCCCCACGACGACAGCGACGGCGACGAGGGGCUGAUCCACGUCCCUGCCCUGAUAUCCCCUCGGUCUUCUGAAGAUGUUGACCUGAGCCCACCGGACAUCGGAGUCGCUAGCCUGGAUUUUGACCCAAUGUCAUUUCAGUGCAGCCCACCCCAAGCAGAGUCCGAGUGCCUGGAUAGCAGCACCUCCCUGCUGGAGUCAGUUGGCAUCAAUAAGGAGAAGUCGAGUCUGCUCAAGAAGGAUUUAGAAUCAGGCAGCCAGUCCCAGACCCCAGGCAGUGCCACGAGCUCUGAGCCAGUCUCCCCUUUCCAGGAGAAGAUGAGUCCCUUCUUCACGAUGGACCUGAGCCCCACGGAAGAGCAGGCCUGCAAGCCCCUCACCUUCUCCCCCAAGACGGGCAGGAAGCCUCUCAAGUCCCCUCCACUGACCACAGAACCUGCGUCCUUCGCUCUGCCCGGCCGCGGGCCAGAAGCCGUCGGAGGAGUGCCCAUCCCACCCAGGAACUCCUCCACUUCCAGCUGGAGCAAAGGGAUUGGCAUCACUGAGAUCACAAACAGGUCCCCAACCCAGAUGUCCUUGCCCCUGAAAAACAGUGACACAGGAGCAGGGGAAGGAGCCCACCAAGAGCUGCAGCAUGCCCAGCUAGUGGCUGCUGGCAAACCAGAGUUGCCAGAAGAAGGGGAGAGACCCAUGUCAAGCAGUCAGAAUAAGACUGUACCCACUGGACACACACAGCCAGGAGCAGUUGCCCUCGACUCCCCCCAGGAUCCUGUUCCUGUCAGUUCUGUGUCUCUUAUCCCUCCUCCUCCUCCGAAAAACGCAGCGCGCAUGCUAGCCCUAGCGUUAGCCGAGUCCGCGCAGCAAGCAUCCGCUCAGUCCCAGAAAAGGCCAGGAGAUGCUCAUGCUGAAAGCACAAAUUAUGGAGAGGCUGAAGCUGGCACAGCUCUAGAAAAGCUCCAUCUCUCUGCUGGUGCUCCAGACAAGCUCCACCUGUAUACUGGUCUCCCCGAGAACCGACUGCACUUCCAACCCGGUGCACCAGUAGAGCAGGAGUUCCAAGCUAGCAGCACACCCGGGGAGCAGAACCACCCACCGGGUGCACCUGGAAGCCAGGACCUCCCUCCUCUCCACGCUGGCAUGCCUGGGGACAUGCCUGCUAGCAGAGAUGCAGAGCAGGAGCAGUCCAGCUUCCACCCCGGGAUAGCAGGGGACAAAGAGCACGUCCCGUGCCAGGCGGGGGACUGGGAGCGCUCGGCCCAGCACCCUGCGGGCGCACUGCCCGACUGGGAGUCGCCCAGCGCAGAGCUGUCUGUAGAUAAGCCCCAUCUCCGUGCAUGCAUGUCUGGGGACAAGCUCCACACUCCCAGCUGCACA